CUCGAGGCCACCAUCUCCGCCGACCAUGCGCCGGAGCGACAGCAGCUCCGGCGUGUUCUCCAUCCCAUUCGAACGGUUCAAACGCGACGACAUAUCAGACUGGGCGAGCGGGUUCACGCUGCUAGACACCAUGGAGACCUACUUUGACUCCCACCUCGAUCUCCUUCAGCGGAAUCUCGCUAAGACCAGUGACCGCCUCAAGAUGCGCGCGGAGGAAACGCUGAACGACAUCAAGAAAGACGUGUUAAAGGAUGGCAGGUUCAAGAUCAUGCCCUCAUCUAGCGUGCAACUCGAGCGCGACCUUCAGAGAUACAAGUUGAAGGUUUCUCAACGGCUGCUCACAAUAACACAGACGUGGCACUCCGCAAAGGUCAUCCGCACUCGGGAGAAGGUCACGUUCUUCCUGGCGGUCAUGUCUCUCCUUGUCACAGCCCUACUCUUUGCGAUGGCUCCCGAAUGGAUUCACGUCGCGUAUUCCGUCCAAGCCGCAUACUAUCUGCCUCUACGCGUAUACAUGUACAAGAAACGUGCCUGGCACUAUUUCCUCUUCGACCUGUGCUACUACUGCAGCGUCCUCGACUUGGUCUUUAUCUGGGUCAUGCCCGACAGCUCCGCGCUCUUCGUCGCAUGCUACUGCCUAUCUCUCGGGUCACUCGCCAGCGCAGUAAUCACAUGGAGAAAUAGUCUUGUCUUCCAUGAUUGGGAUAAGGUUACAUCGCUGUUCAUCCAUAUCUAUCCGCCUCUCGUCUUCUCCGUCAUCCGGCAUUGGUACCCUGGCGCUCAGGAACGUUUCCCAGCGCUUCGAGACGUGCCAAAGCUGCAACCCUUCAAGGCACUGCUGCUGAGCGCUAUACUUUACCUCAUCUGGCAACUUCUUUACUGGAAGUAUGUAUUGAUCGACCGCCGUGCGAAGGUCCAGUCUGGACAAAGAAUCACGUCCUUCACCUUCCUCCUCAACGAUAAGCGAGGUGCCAUCGGCCGUGCCCUUUCAAGAGUACCGCCACAGUAUCGCGAAGCUUCAUUCAUGCUUGGACAGUUGGCCUACUCAGUCAUCACUGAGCUGCCUGCCGUCUUCGUCUUGUACGACAGCGCCUUCUGGAGCGCCGCAUAUAUUCUCCUGCUCUUUGCGGUGAGCGUGUGGAACGGCGGAGGGUUCUACAUCGAAGUUUUUGGUCGCAAGUUCGAGCGGGAGCUUGAGGCUUUGCGCAAGGAGCUCGCGGAAGUCACUGCAAGAUCGGAGCGGUCAAGCCCAACGUUCGGCCCACAGAGUGACGACGAUCUGACCGCUGUGUCUGUGUCACCCAACCUUACCCACAAGACUCUGUCUCCUUCCCUCUCUGAGGUCGAGCUCCCACAACAGGCCACGGGCGAGCAGCAGACGCAUAACGGCGAUGCUCACUAACACGCGGCCGCCUCUGAUGACUACGACUAUCUUCACGACUAUUGGCUGUAUCACGAAGUUUACGACUUGUACUGCACUCCUCGAUUUAUUAUUACCUCUAUCUCCCCCUCCAUAUACGCACCUUCUCCCGCCGCCCUGGCGACUCCCGUUACGACGGAAACUCGUUCCACAUAUGCCUCCUUAACGC